CGUAGAGAAAGCCAACUGUAAGUGGUUUGAGGAGACGGGGGAGGGGAGGGAAGAAAUAUAUAAUGCAAGUGGUCGCAUGUCACAGAGUUACAAAAGCCCUUUUUUUUUUCUUUCUGAAUUAAUAUAUCUACUUGCAUAUAUUCUUUGCAAAUAUCGUGGCCUAGGACACUUAGUAUUUACUUGCCUACAGAGAAGUUGUAUUAAUUAAAUGUAGACCUGAGACAAGUUCUCAUUGCAGCAAUCGCUGUCACUUAAACCAAAGCCAGAUAUGUGCAACCAGUUGGUCAGGGUCUGGUGCUCGUGCCUCGUUCUGCUAAUGCUAUCUCCAGGGGCGCAUACUCUGACUCCAUCGGAUUACAUGAAGAUGAGAUCAGAAAUGAUUGAUGAUGACGAGAGUAGCCGGAUAGGUGCAAACCUGGUCCUGAGUGCAGCUGAGCUUAAAGUCAACUCUAUCUUUAUGAAGGAGAAACGCGCCAUGAUAGAGUCAAGUCUUAUCAACAGAACGAUCUAUUCACCGUCUACUAGUUUCUAUUACUCCAAGUCUGAGAUUGACCAAACCUAUUUAUACCAGCUGAUACAUAGGAUGCCUAAAGGGGCGGCACUACACAUCCAUGAUCAGUCAAUGGUCAGUCUGGACUGGAUCGUCAAGAAUGUAACUUACAGAGAGAACGUCUACAUGUGCAUGUGGAGGAAGGAGUAUCUCAUCUACAGGUUCUUCAGAAAGAAGCCCACCAAAACGACUUGUGAUUGGAAACUGGUCAAUGAUGCAAGGAAAGAGUCUGGGGAUGUCAACAAAUUUGAUUUGGAGAUACACAAGAGCUUAAGUCUUAUAGCUACAGAUCCAUUUAUAGAUUUUCCAGACAGCCAAGUAGCCUGGACUAGAUUCAUACGCUUCUUUUAUCAGAUUGGCAAACUUCUGUACUACAUUCCGAUUUUCAAAGAAAUGCUCUGGCAGACGAUGAACGAAUUCCGCGAAGCAAAUAUCCAAUACAUUGAAGUCAGAGUUAGCUAUCUUGGGCUGUAUGAUCUAAGUGGGACAGUCUACAAUCGCGAAUACUGUGUCCAGUUGGUCAAGGAGAUCAGCGAUGCUUUCGUCCAGCGUUAUCCUGACUUUAUUGGAAUGAAGGUCAUUUUCCUAGGACUCAGAAACCAUGAUGAAUCGGAGAUACUAGAUGAGGUCAAGGAAGUGAUGGUCCUUCAUCAAAAAUACCCAGACGUGGUGGCUGGCUACGACAUGGGCGGCAACGAGGCUCUUUACCACCCUCUGUCCUACUACCGCGACGCCCUACUGUAUCCCUCUCAGCAGGAUCCGCCUUACCACCUGCCCUACUUCUUGCAUGUUGGAGAAACAAUCUGGCAAGGAACAGAGACAGGCUACAAUUUGGUUGAUGCUCUGCUGCUUAAUGCUACUAGGGUAGGACACGCCUAUGUACUGAACAAACAUCCACGCUUGAUGAAGCUCUACAAGGACAGAGAUAUCCCACUAGAAGUACAGCCUUUGUCCAAUCAGGUUCUGAGACUGGUCAGCGACUUACGAAAUCAUCCGAUGGCGUCUCUUAUAGCCAACAACUAUUCCGUGGUCAUCAGCUGUGAUGACCGAACAACGCUAGACUCGGCUCCAUUGUCCCACGACUUUUUCUUGUGCUUCACGGCCAUGUCCAGCGAAAGAGCUGACCUUACACUGCUCAAACAGUUGGCCAUCAAUUCUAUCAGGUUUAGCUCGUUAGACGAUGUCCAGAAGGACCGGGCCAUGACGCUGUGGCAGAGCAAAUGGAAUGCCUUUAUCGCGGAGGUACAGCAGGACGGCUGCAGCUAUAGUACACCAGCUAGUUAUAACCCUAUGACCACCUGGCACCAAUCAUUCGAUAGUUCUAUAUCACAAUACAGUAGUACUUGGCUUAGUGGAGUUACUGGACUAAUCCUGUUACUCAAUGCUUAUUUAUGAUCGCCUAUAGUACUGAUAAUACAACAUGGUGUUGGCUCUAACAAA